UGAAAUUUGAAACAUUUUGUCCAGGUUGGGAUAAAAUAAUGUUUCCCUUUUACUAAUAUCAUAACAAUUUCACCUCGAACUCGAAUCAAAAGUGGAAAUACUGUGUAUUUUCUAAAGAAAUUAUGGUUAUUCUAGCUAUAUGUAUACGUUAAUAGCUUCUUCUUAUUUAUUAUUUUUUGUGUGUAAUGAAUGCUAUAAUUGUUCAGUAGGCUACACACUGUGCAAGGAAAUCCGGGAGCCAAAUGGGAUUGACCUUUGACCUCUGACACCAAGGGACAACAAUCGGCACUGACUGACUGAACUUUGAAGCUGUGUACACACACAGUAAAGUGGAUUCUAAUUUGAGAGCUCCAGGAAACCCAAUUCUGCAGUUCAGUUACGUCGACAAGACCUGCCGUGUAUUAUUUUCAGACUUGUUCUGAACUUUGAGCUUCUGCUAAGUAGGCCAACGUAUCACCAUUUGUCAGGGUUUUCGAUAUGAUUCGCCUUCUGAAGAGACCAGUGCUGCAAGCCGCCACUGCCUUCAGCAAGAUGGGUCUGGAGGGCACGCCCAGGAUUCCCGCCAAAGGCCGUACCUUCAGUGUCCAGUACUCUCUGCCCCGUCUGCCGGUUCCGCCCCUUGACCAAACCCUGAGGAAGUACCUGGAGACUGUGCAACCCAUUCUGACUGAUGACCAGUUGGAGUCUACCAAACAGUCAAACCGUUCCCGUGGACCAGCUGGGUGGCAAACCUCUGUGCAUGGCCCAGUACUACCAGCUCCUCAACGCAUGCCGUAUCCCGGGUCUGAAGAAAGACACUCACGUCUGCGUGUCGCCCACCGACCCCAACCAACCCAGACAUAUCAACGUGAUACACAACAACCACAUUUUCUCAGUGGAUGUUGUGGGUGCGGGCGGGAAACCCCUGAGCAUAGACCAGAUUCGGCAACAGCUGGAGCAGUGCCUCAACCAGAGCCAAGUGCCGGCUGUACCUGUAGGCAUCUUGACCUCCAUGGACCGUGGCUCCUGGGGUCACGUCUACUCACAAAUGGUCAAAGACAAAGCAAAUCGAGCGUCUUUUGAGAAUCUCCAGAAGAGCAUCUUCGUCGUCUGUCUGGAUGGGGCGUAUGUGCCGGAGGAGGGCAUCUCCGAGACAGACACCGGGGCAGCGGCCAUGUUGCACGGUCUGGGGAGCAAUAACUUUUCAGGGAACAGGUGGUUUGACAAGACACUUCAGUUUAUUUUUAACCCUGAUGGUCACUUUGGCUUGAACUAUGAGCACACAUCUGCUGAAGGGCCAGCCCUGAUAAGCUUCAGUGACCACGCCCUGGCAUAUGUAGAACGUGACAUUGAUCCCAGGGUGGGUGCCACUGAUGUGCCGCCUCCAAAGAGACUGACCUUCAACUUUGGCGACAAAACUCGGUUGGUCAUCAACCGAGGCAUGGAGGAAGUUGAUUCUCUGGUGGAUGAUGUGAUGCUGCGCACCAUGUGGUUCAAGGACUACGGCAAGAAGUUCAUCAAGCAGCAGAAACUGAGCCCUGACGCCUUCAUGCAGCAGGCAUUCCAGUUGGCUUACUUCAAGAUGUACGGACAGCCGUGCGCCACGUACGAGUCUGGGUCCCUCCGGCGUUUCCAGCAGGGGCGCACGGAGACGAUUCGCUCAUGCUCAGUGGCCUCCCUUGCCUUCACCACCGCCAUGGAAGAUGAGGCCGUGCCCGUAAACAAGAAGGCGGAACUUUUGCGAAAGGCUGUACAAGCACACAGGAAGUACACGGAUGAGACGGUAGCUGGUCAGGGCAUUGACAGACAUCUUCUGGGCCUGAAACUGACCGCCCUGGAGAACGGGAUGGACAUCCCACAGCUGUUCAUGGACCUGUCCUUCAAGGAGAACUGCCACUUCCGACUGUCCACCAGCCAGGUGGCCUCCAAAAGCUCCAUCGUGCUCAACUUUGGCCCGGUUGUCCCUGACGGCUACGGCAUCUGCUACAACCCUCAGGAAGACCAGCUGGUCCUGUCUGUGUCCUCCUACAACAACAGCCCGCAGACCAACUCGGAGGACUUCUCAGAACUGCUCCGGCAAUCCUUCCUCCAGAUGCAGAAAGUCCUGGCAAGUCAAGUCCAGUCAAAGUUGUAGUAGUAAUUUGUGAAGAUGCUGAUUAUUUGAUAUGCUAGAUUGAAUGUGUUAUUGUUUGGGGGGGGGGGGGAAAGAGUGUCUUGUGAUUUCAGUGCUUUUUUUUUUAAAUUUCUAUUUUUUAAAUGUUUUGUGACUAGCACUAGUACAAACCAGAAUUAACUGUGUGAUAUAUCCCUGCUCUUGUUUCGUCUUUACUCUUGGUGUGUUAUUGCAGUGAAGCAAUAUUUACAAGUAACUGUUGAAACAGUUAAUCAGUUGUGCUCUAUUGUUUCUACAAGUACAAGUUCCAUCUGAGUAAGAUUUCUUCAAGCCAUAACUAGAUUGUCGUUAACUGUCUUGAAGUGAGUGUAGUCUUAAGUUCAUAUAUAUUCCUCCAACUUGAAAUGUGUUCUCAGGUCGGAAACAAUUGUGAUGUUAUGUCUACAAGGAAGAAGAUUGUGUAGGUGAAAAAAUCAUGGCAAAUUGUGAUUUCUAGUCCACCAAAAUUUUCUUGCUUCCCAGGAAACCUUGUUGUGAAAUCAUUACGUGAUUACAUGACAUAUGUGGCGACAGACAUGAUGAAUUUUUUGCAUGGAACAUAAGAGACUAAUUUCUUGGUGGAUCACUAUGUGACACAUAUCAGACAUUAGACAUGUUGAAGUUGUCACACCGUGACAGUUGUGUGUAUGUGAUUUUAUUGUGAUAAAAGUUAUACUGAGGCCCAAA